AUGUUAGUACCGCCAGAAAACUUUGGCCUCGUCGAGCCUGGUAUCUAUCGAUGCUCCAAAUUACAUUCAGACAACUUUCCGUUUGUGGAAACCCUCAAAUUGAAGUCAUUAAUCUUGGUCGAUGCCGAGAAACCACCACGAGCUCUAGCUAAAUUUGUGGCCAGUAACAAGCUCGAAUUAUUUAAUCUCGGUGGUAUGACCAUCUCUGGUCAUCAUACAGGUGAUGAAGAUAAUUCUGGUGUUGGUGGUGGAGGAGACAGUAGUGGAAGAAGUCAUGUUAGAGAGUCCACCAUUGAUGUAGUGUCACUCCAUCCUCAGAACAAAUCAGAGCAGUGGAUGUUGGUAGAGAAGAGUGUGAUCAUUAAAUCGUUUGAAAUUCUCCUUAACAAGACCAAAAGUAGCGUAUUAUUAGUGGAUUCUACUUCGACUUUGGUGGGGAUACUUCGAAAGAUCCAGAAGUGGAACUUCAAUUCAAUUCUUAAUGAGUAUCGCAUUUACUCGGGCAACUCAACGUCCAGCAAUUACUUUGCUGAGACGUUUUUAGAGUUGAUCCAGAUAGAGCUUGUUCCCCAGGAAGCUGAUCAUGUUAAACAGCAUAAUAUUAGACAAGACCGACGUCUGUCAGUAGGAGGAGGAAUGAUAUCAGAUACUGAACUUGAUAGUGCGGAACUUCGAAGAACAUCUCGGUUUAACUCUGUAGAUGAAGAUAUCCAGUGGGAUGAUGAUGACGUAGAGUCAUUAGAUGAUGAUGAUAUGGAUGAUGAUAUGCUUAGUGCUUCGCCACAAAUACCGGCCAACUUACUUAAGUUGGUGGAACUGAGACAGCACGAUAACAACCACAUCAAUCACAAUAAUAAUAAUAACAACAAUACUGCCACCACUAGUCGCCAUAACAGUUUUGGUAGUGACUUGUUAACAAUACGGUCUGGUCAUGAACGACGUCGGUCGUCCAUUGACUCUAAAUUCGUCCGUCUUGGUAACUCCAAAUUCAGAGCUGCUCCCUAUGGUCCUGGUAAAGUCUUUGAGAGCUCGUCGCCAUCCAAUAAACGAUUCAAGGACCGAGAAGCUAAAGAUUCACGGGCCUCAUCGAUUUCCGAUUUUGAGCCUGUAACUCGCCAAUAUAACUACAAUUACUACAAAAAUCUUAACAAGUUCCCAGUAACAUUUGAGAACGUCAGUGUAUUAAAACUCAAACUCCCAUCAGAUAGCCAGUUACCGGACUGGUUCGUUCGGGGUCGAGACUUUUGGGAAGAUUCCUUUAAUAAGCUUAACUGA